AUGCUAGAGGGAGAUCAGAGUGGGCUCGAGAAUGAAGUUUGGAGGGAGAUUUUCGUUUCCCCAGGAUGUAGAUCUUCGGUUCACAAUUCUUGGGUACCAGUGACCCCAGAGAAGGCAAUUUCAGUGAAGCCUCAUCCGAUCCUUGCCAACCCGUAUGCAAACAACCAGCAAGGGGCAAAUUGGCAGCAACAACAACAACCAACUGGAAUUUCAAGUGAUCAUGUACAAAUGGGGGCUACUUACAAUGGGAUCACUCAAACAGUUAGCCCAAUGGAACAGCAGCAUGCAAAUGGAGGGCGUUAUGGUUACUCUUAUGAUGUAAGUCUGGCCGAGAAAACCCAAAUGGUUGAUCUCAUCACAGGCUCCUACAGCCCAGGCUCCUUCACAGAAUUGCUUUGUAGUGGCAGCUCAAGUUGGAACAACGAUCCAAUGACACAUCUGCUUCAUGAUCAGGCAGCUUAUGUUGCCUCUGCAAGCAGGAACCUGAGCACAAGUGCAGACAUACCAGCAAAUACAGCUCUAAUUCCUAAGUUUCAACCUCAUUUGAGCAACCUAGGAAACAGCUCAGGCAGUUUCUUGCUAGCCAAUCAAAAUUUCAGCAAUGGUUCAUAUCCUUCAAGUAUCUUGAUGGACAGGUCCUUGGCUAUGGAUUUUCCUUCUCAAGUUGACAACAGUCAGAGAUAUUCCAACUCAGUUCAUUGGCUAUAUAGCAACCAAAAUCCCUGCUCAAGUUCAAACCCCUUGAAUAAUGGCGCUAGCUCAUCCCAGAUAUGCCAGUAUGGUUUUUCCGUACCAUUCCUACCAAGCUAUGAUCUAAUAAACUCUUUACCAAGAACAGAAGCCGAUGCUGCCACAUCUGCUGCCAGCCAACUCCAAUUCACAACAAAUCAGGCCAAGACUUUGGAGAUCGACGAGCUUUCUACAAUACUGAAAUCCUUCACAAGUGAAAGUGCUAGUAAGGAAAAAGGCAAGCAGGUGAAAUUAGUAUUGUCUAUAGGGGAUGAAGCAGUUCAAAAACAUAGUGACGGCCUCUUGGAGAACAUUGUGGAGUCAUCAUCUGCAGCCAUUUCUACACUAUACGUGGAAACGAAAGAUUAUGGCAGGGAAGGUGAUAUAGGGAUUGAUAUCGAAACGAUAGAUUCUGGCAGGGAAGGUGACAGAAGGAUUGAUCAAAACAAGACACCACAGCAGAAAACACCCAAGCGAAAAAAACACAGGGCCAAGGUAGUCAGAGAAGGCAAACCCAAAAGGACACCACAUCAUGCAAGUCCAAAUAUUAAUUCAGAGUCUAACGAGAGCAGACCAGCAAAGAGGAAGUAUGUAAGGAAGAAUGUCCAAAAGGAAUCCCCAGGUCAACUGUCGCAUGUUCCAAGGGAGACAAUAGACCCUAAUGCUGGAAAAGUUGCAAAGUCAUGCACGAGAGUUCUAUGUUUUGGUUCUCAAAAGUCCAUGGAUGAAAACCCAUGCAAAGCAGUUGGUCAGCAAGAGGAGAUGAAACAAGGGAACAAGAGAACUUUUGAUUUGAAUAUUGAUUGUAAAGGGAUACAUAUGGGCACUGGAACUGACCAGGUUUUUAGAACAAAUGCGGCUGAGCGAAUCGGUGUACAGAAUGAGCUGAUGGUAGAAAACCAGAUACCAGGAACUAUGAGAAACCCAACCCCUUCCAUGACCCAUAUUCUAAAUAACUAUCCAGACCAGCCCGAAAAGCAACUAUCUGCAGCAGCACUUGCUACAACAAAAGACGUGCAUAUGGAAAAUUUGACUGUCAUACGGAGACAAGUAGAAAAUGGGAAUUUGGAUUUAUGCCAGAGAAGAUGUAGAGAUGGAUACACUCCCAUGCAACAACAAAGAGAUGCUCAAAGAAUAGGCCAUGAUGUCAUUUACGCAAAAACUAACGGUGAAAACCUUCAGAGUACUGGAGAAAGUAUCAAGCUUGGCAGCUGUCAAUCAGUAGUAAAACUUCUCUCCAUUCCAAGUGAAGCCAGGGGAUCCAAGAGGGGAUAUUCUGGAACUGUUGAGCACACACAUCUUUCUACCAAUCAUCCACCUAGUUCAUUGUCGUGCCAAGAUAUAUUUCAAUUGGAUCGCUAUCAGAGAAAUAGUUGCACUCGCGGCAAAAAAUUUCCAGAGAGUCAUAAGAAACAGAAAUCUGAUAAUGGAUACUUGAGCAUAUAUGAUAUGUCUUCUAAAGUUUCGCCCGUUGAGGAGUGCCUGGGAAAAGUUGAGAAAAAAGGGGAAAUAGUGUCAACUCAAUUGGGUUUGCAUCAAAGCUGA